CUCCGCCCCGCGCCUUCAGUUUCGAUUCCUGCCGCGUCCCGUCCCGUCCCGCCACGCCGAGGCAGGCUGAGGCGGAGAGGCGGCCAUGCUCGACCCGGGGGUGUGCAGCUACCUCACCGAGACCCUGUGCGUCAAGGGUGGGCGGCUGGGGCUCGCAGAACUCCAACAGCACGUCGGCCUCUCGGAGCAGCAGCUGCGAGAGACUCUGCAAGCGGCGGGUCCCGAGCGUUUCCUGCUGCUGACGGGCUCCAGGAAAGAGCCGGAGGUGCUGGCCCUGACGGCCGUGCGGGUCUGUCCGCGCAAGCAGUGCGAGGGCUGCGACCGCCUGCACCUCUGCAAGCUGCACCUUAUGGGCAGGUGCGGCCGGCGCGACAGAGAUUGUAAGUACUCUCAUGACAUCACCAGUGCAGAGAACAAAAAAGUUCUGAAGACUCAUGAGUUAUCUCGCCUAAGUGAGAGUGAGCUGCGAAUCCUGCUUCUCCAAAAUGACCCUUUCCUUCUUCCUGAUGUCUGCCAAUUUUACAACAACAAGUCUAAUAGAUGCAGCGAGACAUACAACUGCAGCAAGCUUCAUAUUUGUCGACACUUUCUCCAUGGUGGAUGUAAAUUUUUUCCAUGCAAGAGGUCCCAUAACUUUUUGGAUUCCCAUGCACUGAGACUGUUGAAAAAUGGAGGCAUUGAUGAGAAGAUGGCUUUAAACAUCCAGAAUAUAUAUGAUCAUAAACAUGCGGAGCUCCACAAAAAGGAAAAACCUUAUCACCAUCAUCCUGUCUACAAACCAAGGGAAACUUCAGAGGAAAACCUAACAAAUAAAAGUAGCGAAGAACAGAAGCCAUCUUUUGAAACAGCUGAGGUCUCCACAGUGCAUGUGCCAACUUCAGAAGAUCCCAGCAGCAACAAAACUCAUCAGAGCAAACUUCACUUGCUAACAGGCACCAGAAGUAAAGUCGAAGGUAAAAAAGAUGAUUCCUCUGCAAGCUCUUUGAAGGACAAUAAAGAAGAUAAGUGUGACGAGAUAUGCUUGUUCUAUGUCUGGAAGUACUGCAAACAUAACGAGCAAUGCAAAUCAGUUCAUUACCAUUUGCCAUACAGAUGGCAAGUAUAUAAUGGGAUCACCUGGAAUGACCUAUCCAUGAUGGAAGAAAUUGAAAAGGCCUAUUGUGACCCAAAAAACAGCAGUAUAGCAGAUAUGAGUAUUAAUUUCCAGACGAUGACCUGCUGCUCGUCUUUGGUUCGGCGCCUCUCUACACCAUCAUCUGUUGUAAACCCCACAUUUGUACUGACUACAAAGUGGAUUUGGUAUUGGAAGAAUGACCAAGGCCAGUGGACUGAAUAUGGAACACAGGGAGAACAGAAUAUUGGGAAUUCGCCAUCAUCUGACAUACUUGAGAAUUUGUAUCUGGCAGAUCCAGAAACCAGUAUACAAUUCCAAGUUGGCUUGUAUUAUUACCAACUCAGUUUUAAAGAAAUGACCCAAUUAAACACCACUUCCAAAACAAAAAGACAGGUCUGCAGGCGACCAAAGUUUGUGUCUUAUGAAGAAGUGCAGAAGAUAAAGGAAAGAGGUCAGAGGGAUGAUUCUAUUUCAAAUCAAGCCUGUCCACCUCACUGGGAUCAAUCUGCACUGCCUGACUUUGGAUACAAGUAGGUAAUAUUGGGACUGGCUGGGAUUCUGCACGCGUGUGGUGACCAUCGUAACAUCUGACAAUUACGACUUGAUGAAUUCCCUUCUCUUCAGACUCUGACAUUUAAUCCCAGCUAGCUUCCCUGCACUGAAAGUGAUCAAUUAUAAAAAGGAAGACCUAUGAGAUAGGGAGGAAAUUUCCUUCUUUAAAAAGAGCAGCUCUGCUUUGGUAACAUUGCUUAUUUUUUGAGUGUUGAAGUGUCUAAAUCUGUAAUUCAUGUGAUAUCAUAGUUGUAUGGAAAGUAGUGUAAAUGAAAAGCUUAUUAGACAUUAGUAGCAAACACCAUUUGGAAAAUUGGCACGAGUCUCCUGUCUUUGUUUUGCAGAUAGAGUGGAGUUAGCAGUUGGCAAAAAACAUAAAAAAUAAAUUGUUAUUAUCUUGGAACUUCUUAGUUUAAAUUGCAUCUUUAAUGGAGAACUGAGAAAUAUGUGGGAUGAAGGCAAUAGGCUUUUGUGUCAAGAGGAUUAGUAUUCAUACAGCUGCUGAAUCCUGACAAGAACUGAAGAUUGCUGUGCUGUAACAAGGUUGGGAGAUGAUGCAUCAUAAAAAGUCUGUCCAUAUACUUUUUAAGCAUUAGUUCUACUUGGGUCAAUGUAACUAUUAGAAACUGUUUUGCUUCCAAAGCCUAAGUUACUGAAAUACCAAAGUUUGAUGUCCUUUUGUACUGAACUCGUGCAGUCAUAUGCUAAUAAUAAAUUAUUGUCAGUGUCUUAAGCAGUGAUUCUUUCUCUGCUUAAGAAAUUCCACUCCAUUGACUGUGGAUUAGCAAAUGCUUAUCCUCUCUAAAUUUUCCUCCUUAAGUCUAGAGAUGAAAGAAGCUUAAGAAGUUCUGCUGUUGUGAAGCAUUAACUUGCAGUAGCAAGGUGGUGUUACUCUUCAUCAGCAUCUUUGAGGAAAUAAAAACAAUCUCCGUGGAGAUUCUGUGCAAAAUAGAAGUGGCUUUGUUGCUUAUAGGCCAUUCUAUUGUAAAAUAAUUGAAGUACCUGUCUUACAGCAAUAGGCCUUGUAUCAUGUUGCUGUCUCUCUUUUACCCAGGACGAUUACAGUUUUUCAGCAAAAGAUGUUACGUAGCAAAAGCACAUUUUGCUGUCUGCAUGAACAAUUCUUAUGUAUUCAUAGCAGAUGUAGUACUAAAAUAUAUUGACGUUAUUUUCAUCUUGCAGGUGGUGGUGAACUGUUCUGUUAAAAAGCAGGCAGAUAGCAAAUUCUAUCUUGUCCAAAUUAUUUUGUGUUGCAUUGUAAACAGGAUUUGCAAAAUAUUCUUGUGUGGACAGAUAGACAACAUGUCAUUCAACCUUGUAAAAACUUUUUAAUAAAUUCAGAAAAGUAAUUCUUCCUUGUGCGGCUGACUUUAUUCUUUACUCCUUGCGAUCCUUUCCUGUCAUAAGCCUCUUCUUCAGUAAGUACUGAAUGCUCAAACCGGACACGAUGUCUAGGGAAACAUUCCCUUAUAUAUAUGCAGCUGUGAAAUUUAAGUCCUAUUUUAUCUUCUCUCCAAACUCAGCCUUCUAAAAUGUGCAUCUUUUGACUGAAAGAUAAUAUUGAUCUCAUGUUACCUCCUAGGAUGACCUCAGCUUUCCAUCUUAAAAUACGUCAUCUCAUAGGUGACUUUCAGUUGGUUAAGCAGCAAUAAAGAGGAGCGUUACCACAUGACAUUAGUCUGCUAGCAUUAGGCAUUUUCAGUCUACACUGUUAGAGUACCAAUUCUAGAAGAUGAAGGACAAAAUUGGAAAAUUAAUUAAGAUGAAUUUAAGAGUGUAUUUACUGCAACAUUCUUAUUAGAAUCUUAAUUACUCUCUUAUGCUUAGAAAUGUAGCUCUUUUUAAAAUUAUUUUUAAGCCUAUAUUUUAACGUUUUCAACUUUUAUCUUUGAAAAGUUAAGGAGUUAUGAUGCUCAGAAAUUGUGUGUGUAACAAGUAAUAAUGUUAUCAAAUAUCUUUGUACUUAAUUUUAUUAUCAGUCUAAGUUUUCUUUCUGAGAUUACUCUUUCAUUGGGAUUUAUGGUUACAAGUGUCAACUCCUACUUGGAGGUGAUAAAUAUUUAAUUGACCUCCUCACUUUCAGUGUCCUUUCUGAAGAGAGGUGAGGGGUUCUUGCAGAGCAGGAGUGACACACUGAUUUACACAUUAAUUGUUUGUCCUCAUUAUUUGCAACAAUUUAAAGCAUUAAAUAGGCCUCCAAAAGCAUAGUUUGGAGGCCUAUUUGGAGGGCCAUUCUGAAUGCAAUCUGCUGCAGACAGGCUUCUGUGUGGAAUAUGAGCUAACUGAAGCCUC